GUGAGGUUAUUGCCGCCCUGGGAGCGCAUCAUUGAACGAGAGGCGACUGGUCUCUAUAUUGAACCACAAAUCGUAUGGAACCUCAAAAUAUCCAUGGUAAGAGGUAUUCUCGAGCUCUUCUCCCUUACUGUUUCUUGUCUGUUGUUUUCAAUGGCCAUAGUUGGCUAUCAUCGGGCUGAAACCGUCCAUUACUUCCUCGUAUUUCUUUGCUUCAUGUGAAAGCCCUGAAUCUGUCGCUUUCGUCUCGUAUUGCCGUCCGUUGUACCUUUUCUUCCUUUCUUUCCUUUCCUUUCAGUUGCCAAUGCUUUUGCUUCAAGUCCACUCGUAACUUCUUCAUAGCUAAUCUGAUUUCUGACAUCGAUUGAUCGUUGUUGUGUCGAUAACACCCUCUUGAAUCUCUUUGGAAGCUUCUUUGCUUAAUUACUUCCGCUGUAGCCUCAAUGCUGUCCCACAAAAUUAGACGAGAAGGAACGAAUUACCUUAUCGAUACUAGUCUGCUUGAUUCCUCUAGCACACGUAAUAGCGUUCGAAUGCGCCCAAUACGACGAUCACCAGCUCUACCACGCUGUCUGGAUCCCCUAAUCAGAGGGCAUAGACCCAAGCCUGCAUGCAUCGAAGAUGUCCUCGCGUCUGCCCCCCCAAAGGCUUUCGGACGCCGUUGUGUCUCUUCGUAUCAGUUGUUGGCUUCGUACUUGGCCUGCCCCCUGUCUAGACUCGAGGAGCCAUGCCAAUGUGUCGAUUCGUCAUACAAGGGUGUCUUGCACCUCGAAUUGGACAGGCGACGUGUUGUGGUUGUUCGGCUUGACGACGACUCUAUCUCCGAAUCAGCUUCGUUCGACGGACGUGUUGCAUCUCAGAUCGACUGGGCGUCGAUAGGAACCGGAAGGGAACGAGUUCGAGGCUCCGGUGCUCAUAUCCCCGAGCAGAGUCCAAGGCAGCGUUUGCGUUGUGUGGUGACAGAAUGGUGGUAUGAGGUUGCGGGGAGAGGCCCGUCAACGUCCGAUAGAGACUCCACCCAACCCAAGUACCAGUUCAUGAACAACAUCGGCUCGCUCCAUCAACCACCAAACUGUCCGCGGAUGAUUCACUAUAUUGUCGGCCCAGAAGACCUCGUAGAGGAGGACGAGUUGGCAAUGGUGGAGGGGAGCUCCAGAGCCAGCCAGGGGGUCUAG